UUCGCUGUGGCGACGGCCGCCUCAAGCAAUCCUCCCGAGCCUAUGGAUCACACGAAGCAAUCAUUACCGCAAUCUCGAGCCAACAGUCGCCUUCCCAGUGCUGUCGGCACUGACCUUAAGAUUCCGAACGCAAACCGAGUGAAGAGAGAGUCGAUGAUAAGUACGGCCGCAACGAUGCGGGUCCUCAAUGUGUUGAGACAUUGGGUGAGCAAACACUCCCAGGACUUUGAAAACGAUCCAAAGUUACUGCAAUUGGCGACUGAAUUCUUGGAAGAGUUGGUUCACAACACAAACCUACUUCCGGCCGAACACAAGGCAGCCGUUCAGCUCUUGGGGAUGAUCUCGAAACAGGCGCUCGAAUACAGAGAUAAAAUCGAUUUGGAUGUCCUCUUGUCUCCGCCACUAAACCCUUCCAAAGAUAAUAUCGAAUCGUUGUCUGCGCUCGAGAUCGCAGAAGUGAUGACUUAUUUGGACCACAAAAUAUUUGUUAGAAUACAAAGCGAGGAGUUCUUAGGCCAGGCCUGGAUGAAGGAUAAUAAGACAACCAAAGCGUUUCAUAUAUUACUGAUGACCCGACACUUCAAUGACAUCAGUCGGUUAGUGGCCUCAGAGAUCAUGAGAGUCCCGGAAAUCCCCAAAAGGGUGGCCAUCAUUGAGAAGUGGGCGGCCGUUGCAGACAUUUGUCGGUGUCUUCAUAACUUCAAUGGAGUCCUCCAAAUAUGCGCCGCUUUUACCAACUCAUCGGUGUUUCGCCUAAAGAGGACGUGGGAGAAGGUCUGCAAAACGACAAAGCAAACUAUAGACAAAUUACAAACAUUGGUCUCAACUGACGGUCGGUUCAGAAACAUGAGGGAAGCGCUGCACAGAUGUGAUCCGCCGUGUAUUCCCUAUUUGGGCAUGUAUUUGACUGACCUGUCCUUCAUAGAAGAGGGAACUCCUAAUUUCACAGAUGAAGGACUUCUCAAUUUCUCGAAGAUGCGAAUGAUCGCUCACGUAAUCCGAGAGAUCCGUCACUUCCAGCAAACGCCGUAUAAAAUAGAGCACAACCCGAAAGUAACCAAUUAUUUGUUGGACACAUCUCGACAUCUUCCUGACGAAGAACUCUAUCAGUUGUCACUAUGUCUGGAGCCCAGACUGUCGCGGUUGGGCACCAAAAUCACCACAACUGGAGGCAGUUCUGGCUCAUCAUUUGGCGGCAGUUCUCCAUCACAUUACUCUUCUGCCACCUAAAGCCUCAUUCAAUCACUUUUUUGAUCAAUUCUUUGUGUAAGACUUUUGAAAGACUUUCAAUGUUUUGGAACCAAUUUAUUAAUAUUUAUCUGAAUAGAGAAAACAUAAAAAGUCUGCCAAUUUCAUAAUUGGUAUAAUUAUGGGAAUCAGUUAUGAUAUAUUUAAUAGUAAUCUAUUGUUUGUUGAUCUCAUUUACGAAACUUAUGCACAUAUUUAUUGUAAUAAUAGAUUUUAAUUCAAUUAGUUUUUAGAGAUUUAGAAAACGAGUUAUGAUUUUGUAUUCAACCAUACGAUUCUUUAAAAUAGAUACAGGUAUAUAAAUGUUAUAUUCAAAUCUGAAUCAAAAUUAUAAAGUUUUAGUUAAUUUGUUUUGAUAAAUGACUAAAACAUUGAUUCAAUGAAACAAAGCUAACGAAGCCCUUCGAAGUGCAGCCGAAUAAACGAUAAUAUAAUUAUGUAAUUGUUAUUUAGAUUUAACUCAAUGUUAACCCAGGGUUGGGAUCAUAUAAACGGGACUGUAUUUGUAUCACAUGUAUUCACAUUUUAAUGUGUUUUUUCAUUCAAUUGUAAUUCUUCACAUUCAUUGACUACAUAUUCUCAUAUUUAUGCAGAUUUUUACUUAUUCUCUCGUUUAGUGUUCAUAUGAUUCAAGCAAUUAGUGUUUAGUUUUGAAAUAAUUUUAAAUACAGUAUUUGAUUAUACAGUACAUGAAUUGAGUUUUUUAAUAAGUAUCAAAAAAGUUGUAAAUUGUAUACAUAAGAAAUCUUAUAUAAGUCUUAUAAAUAUAUAAAUACUACUAUACAUACAGUACAGUUCAACUCAAACAGUUAAUAUCAAAUCUUAUACUCGAAGUCUUCCUCUUCACUACUUGUAUAUGAAUUCCCUUUUUCUAUAUAUUGUGUAACAAUUCUGGUGUCAUGUAUGUACUUCUAGUUACAUAAAAGCACCUACAGUUACAAAUCUGACAGAAGUUAUAUCAAAACAAACUGAUUGUACAGACAUUUGGAUUAUCUCAUUAUUCGGGCAAUAGAUGCUAAACACCUGUUCCCUCCAUCCCGUCUCUCGCUCUCCAAUCACUCAAACCAUUCAUUUAUUUUUAUAUUAUAUUACAUCCCAUUCCCCAACAAAUGCUUUACUAUUAAUAACUGCGGCAUAGCUUUCACUCAGCCCUCACUCGACUCAUUGAUUGAUUGAUUGAUGGAUUGAUUGUCUUUUAAAGCCUUAUCACAAAUCUAGUCCUAAUCCUAAUCCUAAUCCUAUCUCACAUUUUGUUACAUUUCUUCCAAAAUGAAUUUCUUUGGAAAUAAAAUAUCGAAGAAAUGGCUCUCAAAAAGC